AUGCAGGAGGUUUCCUUGUCGCAGGUGCCCAACACCUGCUCCAUACGGGAAGAAGGAAUUUCCCGCUCUUUUUCUCAUAUUUUAUUACUGUACUGUAGUAGUAAAUGACAUUUUCACCAUGUCUCCUGCACUCUGCAACUCUCUGUUUAUUCUGCUCAUAUCCCUUCAUACUGGGCUCUCUCAGUUGGUAAGAACACAGCAGGUUGUCACAGCAACCCUGGGAGAAGAUGCAGUCUUAACCUGUGAGCUCAUGACACUCAAAGAUGUGCGGCAAGUCACCUGGCAAAAAGAGACACCUGGGGUGAAUGAAAAUGUGGCCACCUACAGCAAACGCGGUUCCCAUGUCAACCCACCUUUUCAGAGGAAAGUGGAGUUUGAAGACGAGGGUCUGCAGAACUGCUCUAUCGUCAUCAGAGGAGUGUCAAGAGGAGACGAGUCCUGCUACAAGUGUCUGUUUAACACCUUUCCAGAUGGACCAGUCAGUGGAACCACCUGCCUCAAAGUCAAUGAGCUGUAUGGACCCUCACUCCUCAUCACACAAACCAACAACAGUCACACCACUCUGUCCUGUUCUGCUACUGGAAGACCUGUUCCUAUAGUAACCUGGGAUGACAUCAUGAUAGAACAUUCCACCAUGGUUGAUGUCACCCAUCCCAAUGGGACUGUCACUAUGACAACUACUGUAACAGUAGUAGUGUCCAGUCUAACUGACAAAGAGGUUAGGUGUGUUGCUUCUAUGUCCUUCAGUGAUGUCACCAAGAAUGUUUCCAUGGUGAUUCCAGCUUCAAUUACUGGUCAAUCUCAGGUCUCUGAUGAUGACAGAAUCAGUGGGACAGUGGUUGGUGCAGUGAUGGGUGCAGUGUUGUGUUUAAUGUGUCUCAUUGCUGUAUUCUGUGUAAUAUGGCGGCAAAAGAGGAGAAAAGAUACUUCUUCCAGAAAACCCCCAGUUCCUGACCCUGAAAUCAGCCAAACUCCCUUAAAGACACCACCAACAUCCAAACAGUCACAAUCGUCAACUAGCUCACCAAACAACUCAACAACCAGCUCACCAAACAACUCAACAACCAGCUCACCAAACAACUCAACAACCAGCUCACCAAACAACUCAACAACCAGCUCACCAAACAACUCAACAACCAAGCGGAGGAUGACUAAGAACUCGUCUGACAAGCUCAGGAUGCAACAAGCUCAGGAGGCUGUAAAGAAGAACCUUUUCAAUGACUACUGAGUGACUGUACUCACAUUGCCACACACACACACCUGAUCAUUACUGACUCAUCUGGUUCACGUUAUUUUAUCUUUAAAAGUCUGUGACAAUCAAUCCGUUUUUAAAAAACAGUCCUUUUUAAAGAUAUUGUAUUGAGCCUGUUAUAACAGUUAUCUUCGUUGCCUGGUUUGUCUCAGGUCAUGAUGGCCUAGGGAGAGUUGUGCAAGUCAGUUUAAAGAUUGUAGGGAGAAAUCAAAAAUCUCUCUGAGACAUUUACAAAGACCACACACGUAAGAGGGGAACAUCAAUCGUAUUGGACACUUCCACUGAACUAUCAAUAUGCAGUUCUGCCAUUAGGUAACACUCAGGUUUUGACCUCUUAAAACCAAGAGACGGCAUCAGUACAGCUUUAAAUGUUUAUCUUGUAUAUACCUUGUAAGCACGUGCAUCUGUCAUGUGUGUUGCUGUUUCUUUAAUCUUGUGUGACGUGCCACAACUAAUGUUCCUUCUGGAUAAUGUUUCAUUUAAUCUAUUCAAUUUAAGGUUUCAAAUGUAGGGUAUAUUACCCUGAAACUACCAGAAUUUUGGCAACUUUCAAGUUUUGGGGGGUGAAUUUUAUAAGAUCUAGUGAGUUUUUGUUCAGAUUAUCACUUCAGAUCAUCACAUGUCUAAUUAUCUUUGGCCCUCUGUGUGGCCUUAUCACAUGUAAAAUAUAUACAAUUAGAUUUAAUAAAAAAUAAUGUCAUUGUUGAUUAGAUUAUUUUUCAUUAGACAAUUUUCUCUUGAACCUUAUGGUCUAUCCACUAGAAGUUCAUGGACAAUAAGGACAUAGAUAUAUGUGAAUACAGUUUUUCAAAGUUAUUCAAGUAUAAAUGACAAAAGUUUCCAUACUAGAAAUAAUUUGUGCUGACAUCAAAAUAAAUUGAUGUCAAUAACCAAUCAGAGUAUCAAAGCCAAUUACAUGAUUCAUGUAAGCCAACUCUUGCUCAACCCAUCAGUUUCUGGGACCAAUCAGAAUGGUGAGAAUGUUUUCACAUACUUAAGACGUUGGGAAGGAAAGCAAAUCCAGACUCAUGGUGGAGAAGAAACGCUAGUGGGCGUGGUGUUUGGCCGGAGCGAUGAGGAUAGGUAGUCAGGCUAACUGAUGUGCAGGAAGGAAAGCAAAUGGAGAAGAAACGCUAGUGGGCGUGGUGUUUGGCCGGAGCGAUGAGGAUAGGUAGUCAGGCUAACUGAUGUGCAGGAAGGAAACGACAGACCGGCCACCAUGAAACAACUAUCUCAUGCUUUAAAUAGACUGGCCUUGCAUCCACAGAACUGUUAAAUGUUGCCUUUAUCUUUUGGUUCAGUGUAGAAAUGGGGUUCAUAGGUUUUGGCCUCAACCACCUUAGUCAGUGUAUGCAGCAGGCACUUGUUCCUGUUGAUCAUAAUUAGGAUUUACGUAGAAUGUAUGCACACAUGACUGUAAGUCGCUUUGGAUAAAAGCGUCUGCUAAAUGGCAUUUAUUAUUAUUAUUAUUAUUAUUAAGUACAUAGGCUACAGCAUACAUACAUUUUGUGGGAAAAACAGUUGUAAUAAAUCAUAUCCAGCUCAUUA